AUGGUUCAAGUGAUGCUUAAAUCAGAAAGAUCGUUCCAUAGCAACCUUCCGAUAAUUCGAAUACUAGGUGAUGGUAGAUGUAUGUUUAGAUCAGUGGUCUAUGGUGCCUGCCUCAGAACAGGAGACCCACCUCCAAGUCUCACCAAGCAAAAAGAACUUGCAGAUGAACUCAGAGCUAAAGUUGUGGAUGAAUUCAUCAAGAGGAGAACAUACACUGAAUGGUUUCUUAAGGGUGACUUUAACACCUAUACAAUGCAAAUGAGAAAGUCUCAAGUAUGGGGAGGAGAGCCUGAACUUCUCAUGUCAUCCCAUGUUCUAGAGAUGCCUAUAACAGUGGUGAUGCAGGAUAUGAAUUCCAAUAACAUUAAAGUUAUAGCUGAGUAUGGUCAAGAGUAUGGAAAGGAGAAGCCUAUUAGAGUUAUAUAUGAUGGUUAUGGGCACUAUGAUGUAUUGAAAUGUUCAACAUGA